AUGCGACGUCUUUGUUUCGAUGUUUUGCUGGCUGCAGUCCUCUUUCUGGUCGCUGACGUCACUACUGCGGCGUUGACCGUCCGCCGGCAUGAGACUACCAAUUCCACGUCGCUCGACUCGUCGGAUCGGACUCGAGCACUUGCCACCGAAGCGAAGAGCGAUCCGACAAAGUCGGCACUGAGAGAAGAAGAAGAAGAAGAAGAAGAUGCGGUCGACGGGGCCAGCGAGGAGAGAUUUGGGUUCAUUCGUUCCUGGGUCACGAGGGCCAUUGACAAGGUCGUGAAACUUGCGACGUACUACAAGUGGAUUUACUCGGGCAAGAAGCCUGACGAUAUCAAAGUGUUCCCGGGCAAGACUUCUCAUACUGGUUACUACGAUUUUUACUUCAAGCGAACGCACAAGCACGGCGAUUAUGUUUGGAACUGA